AGCAGCACAUUCCUCGGGCCCGAUUAUCGCAUUCUCACUCUUCGGUGACGUCAUCUCUCUCUCUGUUCCAGAGGAUUUGUAGGAACGAGAGAACGAAGUGGGAGGAGGAGAAAAAAUACCACUUAAAUUCUAUUGGUUGUGGGAUUUAUUUUCUUUUUUUUUUUUCUUUCAUUUGCUGUGAUUGGUUGGCAUGAGUGUUCCAGGGAAUCCCUCCAGCCAGUCAUUUAAGCUGUUUGUCAGACUCAUGUGGAGCAGAAAGUCCACAGUCCUCUGAAAAGGAGAGAGGUAUCCAAUACCUUUUGCUUUGAAACUGUAUUUCAGCCCUUCAAUUUGAGCACUAUGGAUUUGACUUCUGGAAUAGAGAAGAUGUGUGUGGGGCAGCAGCCAGUGGUUCCAGUGAUGAGGGGUGAGACGUGUCUGUCAUGUAAAGGGAUCUGCUCUGGAUUCAUCCCACAUUCCUGGAGGAAGGUGUGCACUGUGUGUGGCUGCAGUGUGGAGGACCACGGCACCAGUUGUGACAUAGACGAUGACCACAAGAUUGGGCGACUCCUGGCCGACUCCAAAUAUACCCACCUGACCGCCAAGGUGAAGGGCAUCCGGGUGUACAAACGUAACCGCAUGGUCAUCACCAACCCUGUCGUCUCAAAGAAGAACCCCACCUUCAACACCAUCACCUACGACUGGGCCCCGCCAGGACUCACACAGAAACUGGCCAUGCUGUACAUGGCGUUGGUCCCUGAGGAGAACGUAGCAGGGACUGAGGGUGCGAUGUACCGACGCAGGCAGCUGAUGAGACAGCUACCUGUCUAUGAUCUGAACCCCUCCCAGUGCCACGGACCUCUGUCAGAGGACCAGCUCCAGGCCAUGUCUGUCUUCAUGAAGCGCUACAAGGAGGAGGCUCUAGGAGUAGGGGAGGUGGCUCUGCCUGGGGAGGGAGGCGCUAAUCCUCCGCCCGUCAUCAAAGGAGAUAGGCAGAAGAACGGGGCUGUGACCAGGGGACCUGGGAAGGCCACCAUUAUCCAGUCAGACCUGAACACGACCACCACCAACGGGACGGACGACUGCUAUAAGAAGAGGAAAUAUCAUUGCAGUGGUUGCGGGGAGCUCACCCCCCUGGACAGUCCUGUGGUGUAUGCAGAGGGGGCAGGCUACGACAAGCAGUGGCACCCGACCUGCUUUGUGUGUUCAGAGUGUGGGGAGGCUCUGGUUGAUCUGGUAUACUUCUGGAAGGAAGGAGAGCUGCUGUGUGGAAGACAUUACUGCCAGAGGACCAGACCCCGUUGUGCAGGCUGUGACGAGCUGAUCUUCUGCGAGGACUACAAGAAGGGAAUAGACAGUCGGGUGUGGCACCAGGACCAUUACUGCUGCUGGCAGUGUGGACAGAGUCUGGACAGCCCCUGUUCCUGCCCCCAAACACCCUCCCCCAGCCCUGUUUAGCUCCCCUGGCACCACUCCUGUUCUCCAGCCCUGUUUAGGUCCCCUGGCACCACUCCACCCCCCCCCCCAGCCCUGUUUAGCUCCCCUGGCACCACUCCACCCCCCACCCCAGCCCUGUUUAGCUCCCCUGGCACCACUCCUCUUC